CCUUCAACGUCAUAUCUGUAAUGCUUGGUGCUCACACGCCCAAAUAAUCGACCUAAUACUUGACCAUCGCGAGUCCGUAAAAUCAGUAGAAUUUCAAAGGAUAAAUGAAAAUGAGCUUUCUUUUAACCAAUGUUUCCUAAUUUAAUGCAGUUUUGGCAUGCUUUUUAAAUCACUCAUAGCUGCAUCAAUCUUAGCGCAAACGUACAUUCCAUUUUCGCAAUCCUUUUCAAAUUAAUGCAUAGUAAAGAUAUGCAGGAAGAAGACUCACCGUCGUGGUAUAAUCCUUACGAAGCGAAUCACGUUUUCCUAAUGACAGUCAAAUGGUAUCAUAAGGAUAUUAAACCGGAACCCAUUGGCAUCAUAACUCCGUUCAUAAAGCAAGUUGAACAUUUGCGCGACCUUUUUGUUGAUGCCGACGUAGCUAAAAUUGGUACUGUGGAGAAAUUCCAAGGACAUACUUACUUUACUUACUUUAUAACUUUUGUAAAAUUACACUAA